AUGAGGUUCUCAAGACCAGCAUGGGUCAUGCACAAGGAUGCCGGCAGUAAAGAUACAGAAAAUCCGAAACGCUUGUCUAUAUUCUCCGUCCACGUACACCCAGAUGGCUCGCGUAUUGCCACAGGAGGUCUUGACGCCAAAAUCCGCAUCUGGUCUACGAAACCUAUCCUCAACCCCGCGUCUGAUGCGUCAAAUAAGCCGCCAAAGUCGUUGAGUACUCUGACUAUGCAUACUGGACCGGUACUAUGUGUGCGUUGGGCGCACAAUGGACGCUGGCUUGCGAGUGGAAGUGACGACGAGAUUGUCAUGGUUUGGGAUCUGGAUCCACAUGCGCGAGGAAAGGUGUGGGGCUCGGACGAGGUCAACGUCGAAGGUUGGAAGCCCUUAAAGCGGCUUCCUGGGCACGAGAGUGAUGUUACGGACGUCGCAUGGUCCCCGGAAGAUCGAUAUCUGGCUUCGGUUGGUCUUGACUCUGCGGUCAUGAUCUGGGAUGGCUUCACACUAGAACGCGUGCGCAAGCUUGACCAACACCAAGGCUUUGUCAAAGGAGUAUGCUGGGAUCCUGUUGGCGAGUAUCUGGCUACGCAGUCUGACGACCGCACAGUCAAGAUCUGGCGGACGACGGACUGGCAGCUCGAAGCCGAAGUAAGAAAGCCAUUUGAAGAUUCGCCCGGUAGCACUUUCUUCCGCCGGUUAAGUUGGUCUCCAGAUGGUGCACACAUCACCGCCUCGAACGCCACAAAUAACAACGGCUUCGUCUUCAUUGCCGCCGUCAUUGCGCGGAACAGCUGGACGUCAGAGAUCAGUCUUGUCGGCCACGAGAACACAGUGGAGGUUGCUGCGUACAACCCGCACAUAUUCCUACGUAACCCGGCACAGCCUCUGCAGACGUCAAACAUCUGCUCUGUCGUGGCGCUCGGUGCCGACGACUGCUCAGUCUCGAUCUGGCAAACGAAGAGCGCCCGGCCGCUCGUCGUGGCUAAACGCGUCUUCGAGCGCCAAAUCCUUGAUCUUGCGUGGUCGAAUGAUGGUCUGGUUCUAUACGCCGUGUCGUCAGAUGGGACGCUUGCUGCUUUUGCUUUCGACGCUCACGAACUCGAGGGUCUCGCCCCGAUCGAAGCUCAAAAGCAGUACCUCACCAAGUUUGGCUUCGAGCUACCCGACCUACCUGCCGGUUACAGCCAUACACAAACGCCACCACCGAGUAAUUCCGCAACACCUGUGCCCACCGUCAACGCGAACGGCGGCGAGGUCGUCAACACUCUCGUAGCUAAGCGUAACGUGAAGAAGCGUGUAUCACUUGCUCGACCCGGUGACAGAUUCGCCGACGUGCCUAGUGCUGCCUUUCCCAAAAACCAUCAGACAGAACCGCCCGUCAACGACUCGCCUUUCAACGCGCCAUUCUCGGACCGGGACGCGGACAUCGAUAUGUUCCCGCCCACGUUCAACGACCGUCGCAAGUCCGGCGCCGUGGCAGGGCCCAGCAAGGCCGCAAGCACCCCUGUCAAAGUGGAGAUCUUCCCCGUCAAAGGCCGUACACUUGGUGGUGAACGCCCUAUACCCUCUGAACCGGACAGGCUUCGCACUGUUCACCCUCCAAACAAACCCUUGCACCCCCCAAGUGGCGUGAAUGUGAUUACAUUCGACAUUCCUGGCGCGCUCAACUUCAUCUCUCACACCGUGGCCGAACCCGGCGCCACGCUUGACAAUGCUGUCCUCGAGGCGCAUAACAGUGAGACUGGGGGCAUCAAUGAAGUCAUCUACCUUGUAGAUAAGAAGAUACAGUGGUUGGAUUAUCUGGCCACACCCAUCAUCUUGCUCACAGCGAGCCCGUCCUUCUGCUGUGCUGCGACCAUCGACGCGAGGAUCCACGUGUACUCGCCGGCCGGACGCAAACUGAUACCUACCCUCACGCUCGACUCUCCCGCCGCAUUCCUCUGCACGGCCAAAUCGGCACUCGUCAUUCUAACCUCGGCUGGCACACUACACUCAAUCGAUACCGAGACCGGCGAGGCGAACUUCACGCCCGUAUCCGUCAACCCUCUUCUAUCCAAAGAUAUUUCCCUCCUUUCCCUGGGCUCACGAGCGAACGGUUCUCCCGUCCUCGUAACCUCGCAAGGUGUGGCACACGCCUACGAUCCAAAGCUCAAGUCAUUCGUCAUCGUCUCGGAAACAUGGUUCGCCAAAGGCUCAGACGUCUGGAUCGGCCCUACGAAGCCUUCUAUGGCGCCGGGUACAGCCCUUGCGGCCAUUGAAGCGACGCUGGCCAAUGGUAUGAAGAAGAAUGAGCGCGGUAGAGAGAAGCAUACGGAAUGGUGGGACACUGUGGUGACGCUACGUCAUCUCGAGGCGCGGAUACAUGCGGCUACGGUGAUCGACAGCGGCAAGGAGUUAAGGACCGCGUUGCAGCAAUACGCGAAGUUGGUCGCGGAGCAAGGGUUCGCGGCGAAAGCCGAGGAAGUCGUCAACGAGCUUUUCGGACCCAUUUAUCGGCAACAAGGCGUGAAGAGCAACUUUAAACCGGUGAUCGCCCUCCAAAGGAGGCGCGAUAUGUUGAAGGAAGUCAUUCAGAUAUUUGCGCAGAGCCCGGUGCUACAAGACAAGGUCAAAGAGUGGAAAGAACUAUUCAAGAAGACCGCAAGCCCGGGCGACGAUGUCGAUUUUGAUUAG